AUGGCUCCUGGACGCACGAUAAAGAGGAGACGGUUAAGUCCUCCCAGUGAUGAGGAGGAUACCUCCUCUCGACCCUCGCGUGAUUCUCUCAACGAUUUCUACAGCAAUGCUGCCGAAUGGGAUCUCGAACAAGACUACGAGCGCCGACCGCGCAAACUAGGCAAGAAAGACAAAGAGAACACUAGGUUGCCCAUUAAGACGGCAGAAGGGUUGCAAAUGGUCGAGUCUGGAUCAGAGGCGGAAGAGUCUGACAGCUUUCUCGGUACCGACGACGACGAGGACGGUGAUGAAAAUGAGGCCGAUUUCGACGACGAUGAUAUGGAAGAUGACGAGGAAGAUGCAGAGGAAACUCCAAAAGUGCCAUUGAAGUUGCAGGUUAUUCAAGCGAAGGAAGAGCUUGCGAGAUUGGCGACAAUCAUCAACGAGGACCCAGAAGAGCACAUUUCCUCCUUCAAAACGAUGGCUGAUAUGGUGGAGAACGGCCAACACGUCGCGAUACAGAAGCUGGCCCUCGCUGCGCAGGCUGCUGUCUACAAGGAUGUUAUUCCCGGUUACAGGAUUCGUCCUCUCAGCGAAGAAGACAUGUCCGCGAAAGUCUCGAAAGAAGUGCGCAAGCUCCGGAGCUUUGAACAAUCGCUAUUGUCUGGGUACAAGCACUACGUCCAGAAGUUGUUGGACCUUACAAAAUCCUCAAAGCGCGAUACUGCAGCCGUCGACCCCGGCUUGAAAAGCAUCGCGAUCAAUUGCGCCUGCAACCUCCUCCUUUCCGUACCCCAUUUCAACUACCGCACGGAGCUGCUGAAAAUACUUGUGAAUCGUCUCGCAAAAAGGCAGAUCGAUGCUGAUUUCGUCAAGUGUCGAGAAACAAUGGAAGAGGUAUUUCGAAAGGAUAAUGAUGGAAUAGUCUCUUUGGAAGCUGUUCGUCUGCUGUCAAAGAUGAUGAAAGCCAAAGAUUUCAUGAUACACGAGAGUGUCUUGGACACAUUCCUCCAUCUACGACUUCUCUCCGAAUUUUCGGCAAAGGGCUCGAGGGAUAGGAUAGACCGCCGGUCAGCAGAAGAGGAGAAUACCUUCCAAGGCAAGAAACCGAAGCAGAAGCGCGAAUUCCGCACCAAGCGAGAGCGCAAGCUGCAGAAGGAGCGAAAGGCCGUGGAAAAGGACAUGAAAGAGGCGGACGCUUUGGUGUCCCAUGAAGAAAGAGACAAAAACCAGGCGGAGACACUGAAGCUCGUCUUCGGCACUUACUUCCGCAUCCUGAAGCUUCGCAUUCCCAACCUCAUGGGGCCCGUCCUUGAAGGUCUCGCCAAAUACGCACAUCUGAUUAACCAAGACUUUUUCGGCGACUUGCUGGAAGCUCUGAAGGACUUGAUCGGCCACGCCGACAAAUCCGAGGUGGAAGAUGGCGAAGAGGAAGCAGAGGACGAAAGCGAAUCGACGUCGCGAGAUGCUCAACGCGAGGCUCUGCUUUGCACUAUCACUGCCUUUGCGCUUUUGGAGGGCCAAGACGUUAGCAAAGCGGCAUCAUCUCUUCACCUCGACCUGAGCUUCUUUGUCAAACAUCUCUACCGCUCCCUUUAUUCCCUCUCCGUCAACCCCGACGUUGAAUACAAUCCCACCAAGGCACUUCGCCUGCCUGAUCCAAACUCACACGAAGCAGACGGCUCAACGCACCGAUCCAAGAGCAAAGUCAACUUCCAGACACCCACUGUCCUCCUCCUUCGGUGUCUCCAAUCUACGCUUCUUUCCCGCGCUCAUGGAACGCCACCCACCAUUCGACUUGGCAGUUUUACCAAACGGCUCAUGACAGCCUCUCUCCAGGUACCUGAGAAGUCUGCACUCGCGACGCUGUCCCUCCUGAAUCAAGUCGCCAAGCACCAUGCGCGCCGGAUCGCGCCAUUGUGGAACAGCGAGGAACGGAAAGGGGACGGGGUGUUCAACCCCUUCGCCGCUGACGUUGAGACCACCAACGUAUUUGCGGGAACAGUAUGGGAAGGCGAGUUGCUGCGUCUUCACUAUUGUCCUCAAGUUAGAGAUGCGGCAGCGGAUAUAGAAAAGUUGAUUGUGGGCCGGAAUUGA